AUGUGGCAUGCAGCUGUCAGAGAUGCCAUUCGCACAAAAUCAAAUGUAGUGGAGGCCAACCUUGUCAAAAAUGCCGACAGUCCGGCUGUCCUACCGAAUGCCACUAUGGCUAAUCAUACCAGUUACAUCGACGAACUAGCAGCCGAAAACCGACGGCUUCGGGAACAAUUAUCGCAAUCGCCUAGCUUCCUCACACCGAGAGAAGACCAUGUCUCAGACCAAGAUGUUCCUGGUGACACGCAUGUUCAAAACCCCAUGCUCGGCGACAGGGCCUGGUUUCAACCCUACGACCCAUCCCUACCACCAAUCCACAUCUGCGAAGCAGCAUGCACGGCAUUCGCGACUCGACUCCGUCGAGUCCUCAGCAAGUGCGAGACAACCUCGCACAUAGCCCGGACGCAAUAUACAGGCGAAACGACAUUAAUGAGCAUGCGCAAUCCGGCAAUUCAAUGGCCGAGUCUUCCCCAAGCUCGAUUGUUGAUCCAGGUCGUUUUCAGUCAGGUAACUCGGGUGUAUCAUUUAGUUCUUCGGAAAGCAACGCUGGAUCAGCUGGAAGAUGCUUAUCGGAAGGGAGAUUUUGAUGAUCCAGUUUUGACUUGUAAAUUCUUUGCUUUAUUUGCUCUUGGGGAGGUAUAUUCUGCGCGAUCGAACUCGAGUCUUGAAUGCAAGGUUCCUGGGGUGGCCUAUUAUGUUAAUGCGCUUAUGUUAAUACCGAUCUUGCCCGAGAGACCGAGUCUGGCGCAUGUCGAAUCUCUUUUGCUUUUGUCGCUAUAUUCAUUCUUCUUGAACAGACGGCACUCGGCUUUCUUGCUUGUCGGGAGUGCCAUGCGCUUGGGUCUGACUUUGGGUCUUAACCAUGACAUUCCGCAAUGCAAGUGUCCGGAUCCCGUAGAUCGGCAGCAUCGGACGAGACUUUGGUGGGCAAUAUAUGUGUUUGACCGAAUGUACGGGUCAAAGGUUGGUUGGCCGAUACAGAUUGCCGACGAUGAUAUCCACGUUGAAAUGCCAUCAAAAGUACCUGGCGAUAUUCAUGAUGAUCAUGGCUCGGAUACGGAGUUUCUAGUCGCUAGCGUGGAACUAGCCAAAAUCACUGGCCAAAUCAUUGAGCAGGUGUAUAGCCGCAAGAAAUUCGCAGAUUCGUUCUUGCAGCGGGAGCAGAAGCUGCUAAUUGCGCUUAAGGAAUGGUGUUUCGCUCUUCCUCCGCAGAUACGACUCAAUCGGGACGGGCCGGUUCCGAAGAACGUGAUUUCCCUGCAUCUUCAAUUUAAUCAGUGUAUCAUGUUAGCAAGUCGUCCAAUACUUCUGCACGCGCUCAUUCAAACCAAAUGCCCAAAGCCCAACGAAGACGACUCUCAUGCCAACAUCCGACAGACACUCAAAACUCUCAGUGAGGCAUGUAUCCAUGCUGCGAGACAUUCCCACUCACUAAUAGUGGAAGAGUGGACCAACGGAUCGCUCCCGAUCUUCGGAUAUUUCUAUGCCCACUACCUGUUCUCUUCGGCAUUGGUGAUGGUAAUAUCUAGCCUGGUAUAUCCAGAGAACAGCAACGAUUUCGCAUUAUUUGAAUCAGCGUUUGAAAUUCUCCGAGCAAUGAGCGAUCAUGGAAAUCUCGCUGCGACCGAGUUUUAUGACAAUCUCGAGUGUGUGCAGCAGUGUUUAAAUCAAAACAGACAAUCAGAAGGAGCAGUCACUGUUCGGACUAGAUCUGUCCACGUUGCUGAGGAUACGACCGAGACUCUUCCUUUGGUUCCGUCUAGUCAGUCGGGGAUAUUUGCGCCUGGUGCCUUUUGCAUGGAUACAACAGCAGGGGGGUUGACCAAUGACAUGGCUUUCCUGGGUGAAAGCAUGGAAGAAUUUCUGGCGCAACCUGACGUCGACUUUGAUUUGCUUGACCCCUCGAUGACAGAUGGUGUUUAUUCGUGGCCCAAUCUUUCCUUGUGGACUGGAUAA